AUGCCGUCUGUGAAUGAGUUGAUGGGUAUGCCGUCUGUGAAUGAGUUGAUGGGUAUGCCGUCUGUGAAUGAGUUGAUGGGUAUGCCGUCUGUGAAUGAGUUGAUGGGUAUGCCGUCUGUGAAUGAGUUGAUGGGUAUGCCGUCUGUGAAUGAGUUGAUGGGUAUGCCGUCUGUGAAUGAGUUGAUGGGUAUGCCGUCUGUGAAUGAGUUGAUGGGUAUGCCGUCUGCUCCAACAAAAGCCAAAAUAAAGAAAAAUAUUUUUGGUAACUUGACGAAAGCUGUUGGUGAAGCUAGGAAAGGAGGACACAAAGAUGUAGAUGAGUUGUUCCAACAAGAGAGAGAUAAAUGUAAUGAGAAAGUAUUACUCAUCAGAGAUGCCAGUGAUAAUUUUAACAAAAUGGUUUUUAUUCAGCAAAGGCUUGAAGGAGCAGCUGCACAUUUGUCCACCACUUUAAAUCUGGGUGGCGGCAUUUUGGAAGGAAAUAACGCCACUGCUAAUAAUAUGUUGGUGACAUUUUCACAUGCAUUGGAUGAUUACAAACAUGGAGUUGAGGUGUUUGCAACAAACGAUGAAAGCACAUUGGGAUUCGUCCUGGAAUUAUAUUCACGCUAUCAAGAGUCUGAAAAGGAAAUGCUUUUCAGAAGGACAUGUAAGAUGAUUGAUUUGGAAACUGCCACCAAGAACUUGGAGAAAGCUAAACCUCAGAAACGAGAUGCUGCUGAUGAUGCUAAGAAAGAUGCAGAGGUAGUAUUUGAAAGGAUAUCAGAGGUUGCUAAAAAAGAGAUUGUACACUAUCACACCGAGAGAGUCUUAGAAUUUCAGAAAGCUUUAAUCUUGUAUGCUGAAGCAAAGAUUAAAACUGCUCGAGAUACGUAUGCUUUACUCGCAAGAAGUAUGAAUAAACUGAAGGAAGUUGACUCAGCUUAGACAAUAGAUGAUGUGUCAAUGUCCAAUCCUCUGACACCUCGAGAGAGGCCAUUUUGAAACGUGACACUAUUUUACCUCAAUUCUUCCUUCCAUAUCAAUAUUUAUGUAUUAUGAAGCUUACUCGAUGUUCAAGCAACUUGUUUUCAUCUUCACUGGAAGUAAGAAAAGUGGUACAAAUAAGGCGCCCCAAAAAAUUUUUCUGGUAAUCAUAUACAUCAAAGGUGAAAGGUGACAUUUGAGGUUAUGUAGGUCACUUCAUUUUCUGAAUAAAAUCAGUAAAUAAAAGCA